AUGACCACCCAGGCGCCUGGCGCCGACCGCCAGCGGGGGCGAGUCGCGAAAGGAGGGCAGCCUCCCGCUCGCAGCCCCCGACCUGCCGCUAGGAGGCGCCGCGAGCACGCCAGGUCCCCGCCCGCUGCCAGAGGAGGACUCGGAUCCCCUCGACCAGCCCCAAAGCUGGCCGGGGGUGCAAGCCGGGAGAAGACCGCAGGAGACGCGCGGCGGAGCGCCCAGGGCUGUCACCGAGGACUCGCCGAGCGCUCCGGCCCGGGACGCAGCACCUGGGGAUCGCCAGCGGCCACCCGCAAUUUCCCCAGUCGGGGUCCUCAGCUCCCGCUGCCCAGUGAACACCCGCCAGGGAGGACGGCGAUGUCUGCCGCAGUCCACCGCGGUCCUCCCGGCGGCCCCGGUAGGCGGCUUGCGGGGACCCUCUGGUGCUUCGCCGCUCUGGGGAUGCUGCGGCCCCCCGCUUCCCAGGCAUUCAACCUGGACGUGGAGAAGCUCACAGUGUACAGCGGCCCGGAGGGCAGCUACUUCGGCUAUGCCGUGGACUUCCACAUACCUGCAGCUCGCACAGCCAGUGUCUUGGUGGGGGCACCCAAGGCAAAUACCAGCCAGCCAGACAUCGUGGAAGGGGGCGCCGUCUAUUACUGUCCUUGGCCCGCCGAGGGGUCUGCGCAGUGCAAGCAGAUACCGUUUGACACCACCAACAACCGAAAGAUCAGAGUUAAUGGAACCAAGGAACCUAUUGAAUUUAAGUCAAAUCAAUGGUUUGGAGCAACGGUGAAAGCUCAUAAAGGGAAAGUCGUGGCCUGUGCCCCUUUAUAUCACUGGAGAACUCUUAAGUCUACAUCAGAAAAGGAUCCAGUUGGCACUUGCUAUGUGGCAAUUCAGAAUUUCAGUGCUUAUGCGGAGUACUCUCCUUGUCGGAACAGCAAUGCUGAUCCCGAAGGCCAGGGUUACUGCCAAGCAGGAUUUAGUCUGGAUUUUUAUAAGAAUGGAGACCUUAUAGUGGGAGGACCUGGAAGUUUUUAUUGGCAAGGUCAAGUGAUCACAGCCAGUGUUGCAGAUAUAAUUGCAAAUUACUCAUUCAAGGAUAUUCUAAGGAAGUUGACACGAGAAAAACAGACAGAAGUGGCUCCAGCUUCCUAUGAUGAUAGUUACCUUGGAUACUCAGUUGCUGCUGGGGAAUUUACUGGAGACUCUCAGCAAGAAUUGAUCGCUGGAGUCCCAAGAGGAGCACAGAACUUUGGAUAUGUUUCAAUUAUGAACUCUACAGAUAUGACCUUUAUUCAGAAUUUCACUGGUGAACAGAUGGCAUCUUAUUUUGGAUAUACAGUUGCAGUAUCAGAUGUUAACAAUGAUGGAAUGGAUGACAUAUUGAUUGGGGCCCCUCUCUUUAUGGAACGUGAAUUUGAGAGUAACCCUAGAGAAGUAGGACAAGUUCACCUGUACUUGCAAGUGAGACCGCUCACCUUCAGAGACCCGCAGGUCCUCACAGGGACCGAGGUUUUCGGCAGAUUCGGUAGUGCUGUGGCACACUUAGGAGACCUGAACCAAGACGGAUACAAUGAUAUAGCCAUUGGUGCACCUUUUGCUGGCAAGGAUCAAAGGGGCAAAGUGCUCAUUUAUAAUGGGAACAAGGACGGCUUAAACACCAAGCCUUCCCAAAUUUUGCAAGGAGUGUGGGCCUCACAGACUGUCCCUUCUGGAUUUGGCUUUACUUUAAGAGGAGAUUCAGACAUAGACAAGAAUGAUUACCCAGAUUUAAUUGUGGGUGCAUUUGGAACAGGAAAAGUAGCUGUUUACAGGGCAAGGCCAGUUGUGACAGUGGAUGCCCAGCUUCUGCUGCACCCAAUGAUUAUAAAUCUUGAAAAUAAAACUUGCGAGAUCCCAGGAUUUCUGACACCUGUGGCCUGCUUUUCUUUAAAAGUAUGUGCUUCGGUAGCAGGCCAGAGUAUUUCAGAUACAAUUGGUCUGACUGCCGAGGUGCAAUUAGAUUCCCUGAAACAAAAGGGAGCCAUUAAACGUACCCUCUUCCUUGAUAACCAUCAGUCACAUCUGGUCUUCCCUCUCCUGAUAAAGCAGCAGAAAUCCUACCAAUGCCGGGACUUUGUUGUUUACCUGCGUGAUGAAACUGAAUUCCGAGAUAAAUUAUCUCCAAUCAACAUUAGCUUGAAUUAUAGUUUGGAUGACUCCACCUUUAAGGAGGGUCUGCAAGUAAAACCAAUACUGAACCACUACAGGGACAAUAGUGUUAGUGAACAGGCUCACAUCCUGGUGGACUGUGGAGAAGACAACAUGUGCAUUCCUGACUUGAAGCUGUCAGCUAGACCAGAUAAGCAUCAGGUAAUCAUUGGAGAUGAAAAUCACCUUAUGCUCAUGAUCAAUGCAAGAAAUGAAGGAGAAGGAGCUUAUGAAGCUGAAGUCUUUGUGAUAAUACCAGAAGAGGCAGAUUAUGUUGGGAUUGAACGCAGCAACAAGGGAUUACGACCACUGAGCUGUGAGUACAGGAUGGAAAAUGUAACCAGAAUGGUGGUGUGUGACCUUGGGAACCCCAUGGUGGCUGGAACAAAUUAUUCUCUGGGCCUCCGAUUUGCAGUUCCACGUCUUGAGAAAACAAACAUGAGCAUUAACUUUGAUCUACAAAUCAGAAGUUCUAACAAGGACAACCCAAACAGCAAUUUUGUGAACCUGCAAAUCAACGUCACUGCUAUAGCUCAAGUUGAAAUAAGAGGCGUGUCGCACCCUCUGCAGAUUGUUCUGCCCAUUCACAACUGGGAACCGGAAAAGGAGCCCCGCCAAGAGGAGGAAGUUGGACCGUUAGUGGAACACAUUUAUGAGCUGCACAACACUGGGCCAAGUGCCAUCAGCGACACCCUACUGAAGGUGGGUUGGCCAUUCUCCGCCAGGGAUGAGUUUCUUCUCUACAUUUUUCACAUUCAAACUCUGGGACCUCUCCAGUGCCAAACAAAUCCUGACAUCAACCCACAGGAUAUAAAGCCUGCUGCUCCCCCAGAGGACACCCCUGAACUUAGUGCCUUUUUGCGAAACUCGACCAUCCCUCAUCUUAUCAGGAAGAGAGAUGUGCCUAUGCCAGAGUCCCAAAGACAAAGCCCCACAAAAAUUCUGAACUGUACAAAUAUUGAGUGCAUGCAAAUCUCCUGUGUGGUGGGGCGACUGGAAGGAGGAGAAAGUGCAGUCCUGAAAGUCCAAUCCCGGCUGUGGGCAGAGACAUUUCUCCAGAGAAAAAAUGAUCCCUAUUCUCUUGCAUCCCUGGUGUCCUUUCAAGUUAAGAAGAUGCCUUAUAGAGAUCAGCCAGCAAAACUCCCGGAAGGAAACAUAGCAAUCAAGACAUCGGUUAUUUGGGCAACUCCAAAUGUUUCCUUCUCAAUUCCAUUAUGGGUAAUAAUACUAGCAAUUCUUCUUGGAUUACUGGUUCUGGCCAUUUUGACCUUAGCUUUAUGGAAGUGUGGAUUCUUUGACAGAGCAAGACCCCCUAAAGAUGAUAUGACUGACUGGGAACAACUAACAAAUGAGAAAACCCCUGAGGCAUGAAAAGGAAAAGCAAAGCCCUAAAAACUCAAUGUUGGUCCAGUUCAAAGAAAAGAAGGGACAAUCGGCUUAAACAAGGAUUUUCCUGUACAUUUCCUGUGACCUAGGAAAUGCAAAAGCCCUGGAAAAUAGCAUUUCAUCUAUACCAUGCUUUGGAGAAGUUGCCAUGGAGACCAGAAACCCCUUUGAGAAAGGAAACAUCUUCUACACGCUAAGAACAAUCAGCAAAUGUGGCGGAUUUCUUUUGCUUUUGUCAUCCUGUGUUGGGUAGACACUUUGAAAUGGGUCUGGGAACAGAGCUUGCUUUCCAGGUAAAUGCAACUUAAGCCAGAAAGAUGAAAAUACUGUCUGAAUUACUGUAGAAUUUAGAGGGUGAACUAGGACCAAACCGUCCAACACUACUGUACCCAGUGGAAUAUUUGACACCUCCCAAUGGAUAAGAAACACUUCUAAGCGAUGCUGUGGCUCAGGGAGACAAGCCUAUUUUAUUAGUGCUGUGAAAGUCCUUCUGAAACGACAAAGAUAGUCUUG